CCUGGGACGCCGCCGGGGCUGAUGCUGGAAGUCGCCAAACAUGGACGUGGACGCAGCGCGCGAAGUCCCGACGGCGGGCAAUUUCGUGGUGGUCGGCGGCGGCAUCGCGGGGGUCACCUGUGCCGAGCAGUUGGCUGUCCAGUUUCCAUCAGAAGAUAUCCUCCUGGUAACAGCUUCUCCAGUAAUUAAAGCAGUUACAAAUUUUAAGCAGGUUUCUAAAGCAUUGGAAGAAUUUGAUGUUGAAGAACAACUAAGUACCAUGUUAGAAAAUCGCUUUCCCAAUAUUAAGGUUAUAGAAUCUGGCGUAAAGCAACUGAAGAGUAAAGAACAUUGCAUUUUUACAGAAGAUGGCCGUCAGCAUAUAUAUAAGAAGCUUUGUCUGUGUGCUGGAGCUAAACCAAAGCUGAUAUGUGAAGGAAAUCCAUAUGUGUUGGGGAUCCGCGAUACAGACAGUGCUCAGGAAUUUCAGAAAAAACUUAUCACAGCUAGAAGAAUAAUAAUCAUAGGGAAUGGUGGUAUUGCACUUGAACUAGUGUAUGAAGUUGAAGGCUGCGAAGUAAUUUGGGCCAUUAAAGAUAAAGCUAUUGGGAAUACUUUCUUUGAUGCAGGGGCAGCUGAAUUCUUGACAUCAAAGCUCACUGCUGAAAACCCAGAGGCUAAAAUUGCACAUAAAAGAACCAAAUAUACAACUGAAGGAAGGAAGAAGGAAGGAGAAAUGAAAGUGAAUGCUAACAAUUUAGGCAGUGCUUUGGGACCUGACUGGCACGAAGGCUUGAAUCUUAAAGGAACAAAACAGUUUUCUCGUAAGAUUCACAUUGAAACUGUGUGUGAAGUAAAAAAAAUCUACCUUCAGGAAGAAUUUAGAAUUUCUAAGAAAACGUCUUUGAUUUUUCCAAAAGACCAUCAUAAUCAGUCAGUUACAACUGAGACAGAAAUAUGGCCUGUAUAUGUGGAAUUGACCAAUGGAAAGAUCUAUGGCUGUGAUUUCAUUGUCAGUGCUACAGGAGUAACACCAAAUAUAGAACCUUUUGUCAAUGGCAAUAACUUUGAUCUAGGAGAAGAUGGUGGCUUGAAAGUGGAUGAUCACAUGCACACCUCCCUUUCUGACAUCUAUGCUGCAGGUGACAUCUGCACUGCGGCCUGGCAGCACAGCCCCUUCUGGCAGCAGAUGAGGCUGUGGACACAGGCUAGACAGAUGGGCUGGUACACAGCCAAGUGCAUAGCUGCAGAUGCUUCUGGACACUCUAUUGACAUGGAUUUCAGCUUUGAACUUUUUGCUCACGUGACAAAAUUUUUUAACUGUAAGGUUGUGCUGCUGGGAAAAUACAAUGCACAGGGUUUGGGUUCAGAUCAUGAAUUAAUGCUGAGAUGUACCAAAGGACAAGAAUACAUUAAAGUCGUCAUGCAAAAUGGGCGGAUGAUGGGAGCUGUGUUAAUUGGUGAAACUGAUUUAGAAGAAACAUUUGAAAACUUAAUCUUAAACCAAAUGAAUCUGGCAUCAUAUGGAGAAGAUCUGUUAGAUCCAAAUAUUGAUAUAGAAGAUUAUUUUGACUAAAGUGGGCAUUACAAGAAACACAAAUAACACAAAGUCACAACAGAGUAAGUGAUGCACUGAUUUUACUGAUGACUAACAUUGAAGCUAAAAAUACAGACGUGAUAAUGAUUCAGUGAAAGUGAUAAAAAGAUGAUGGAAUUAAAUAACUUAUAGAUUUUUUAACACAAAAUUGACCACUUGUUAUGUGAGAAUAUAAAUUAUUUUCAAAUAAAUGUAUUUUAAAUUUAAACACAUUUUGUGAUUUGGCUGGAGUAUCUUUGGUUAGUAGACCAGUCAUUCUUUGAUUAUAAAAUAUUGAGACAGGGAUGUGACUUCAAGAACAUUAUAAUUUUAUUUUAUUUAAACAGAUGUAGCACUAUCAUACUUGCUAAUAUUUAUACUAAUACAUUCUUUUAACUAAUGUUUGUAGUUGAUGCCUUAGUCUCCUUUUUUUAGGUUCCACACCUGUUAUUCUAACCUGAAGUCACUCACUUUCUAUGAUGAGCCUGUAUGAAUUUUCAUUACAACAACAUUUGAUAUACAACUAGGUAUAUCAACACAGAAAAAGCUUUAAGGUAGCUGUGCGAACUUCUGUGUUUUUAUAUUUAAGGAUUUUGCAUAAAACACGAUCCCCUUGUUUUAUAAAAUUAUAUAAUUAAUGAUCUCAAAUGUUAAAUACCUCAGAGGAAAGUUCUGAAAAUACAGUUCCACAUGUAUAAAAUAUCUCAUACAUCAAUUUUUCUCUUCUUAGCCCCUGUUUUCUUAGAAUCAGAUUGAAGUAUGUUUGCAGGCUUCUGGAAGUUACCUGGAUUUUUUCCUUCUUUCUUAUUCUUAGCUCCUUCAGAAUGACAAGUUUGAGAAGAUUCAGUCUACAAAAUAAUAAAAUACUGCUGUAGAAGAAAGUGCGCGAUCAUUUUCUCCAGGUCUUCACGAGGAAGUGUGGGAGGAGCCACGCCUGCUACUCGAAGUUUUGCUGCCCCCUUCCCCAGCCAGGAAUCUAUCAAUUUCAGUGGGGUCUUAUGUCCAGUUCUCUUAUCCAUUUUGAGUUGAUUAGAAAUGUAUUUCUUAAAGAGAUGCUUGACUCUGCUUUCAAAGAUUAUAUCCACCCAUCCGGAUAGUGUGUGUUAAUGAAGUCCACUCUUAAAAUGCCUACUCAAUCACCUUUUCAAAAUUAUUAAAACAUGUAUUAUAGUUGUAUACUAGUGACCCAAAAUAAAGCUUUUCUUGGAUUAAGACAGAUCCUGCAGGCUUGUGUCCUGGUUCCCACCUCUCUAUACAGGUUUGCACUUGAUGUUACACAGUUCUCAGCAAGUACUCCAAAUAACAGCAUAUGCUGUCACACUGCUAAUCUUUCACAAAGUUACACAAAGCGGUGUGGCUUACUUGCUCAUGUUCUGACAGUACGACACCAUCUCAUAAAGCUUCUGUUGUCCUACAUUUUCCAUCACCACCAUUGAGCUUAUUCUGAAUAUAUCUCCAAAGCCAUAAUACAAAAUACAGUCCGCUUUCAUGUCAUCUCGACCUGCAGCGUGAGACAUCUUGAGAUUGCAUAGUUAUUUUAACAUUUCAAAACAUGCAAUGAUAAUAAAUGUGCAAUUCGCUGGCAGUGCUUCCAUCUAAAUAUAUCACAUCUAAACAUUCCAGACAAAUGUCCAAGUUUUUUUUAAUUUGAGGAUAGUUGUUACAAAUGACCAAAGAGACUUACCAACCAUGAGGUUUAUUAAGUAAAAAAAAGUCCAUAAAUAAAAAUCCAGUUAUUUAAGUUACAGAUUUUAAACCAAAAUAAAAAUUUAGGCAACAAAAAUGGCCAUGAAGCUAGCUUAGAGAACAGCUUGUAGCACUCCAAAACAAAGUAAAGUUUCUGCACAAAUAAGGACGUAAUUCCAAAAGAAUACCACUUACUUGUUCUAAAAAUACUAGAUAAGGUUGAAAAUAUGAAAUCAUUGCACAUCAUUUAUAAUGAGUUUUCUUACAGAAGGCUUUUUAAAAACUACAUACCUGCACGUCCACUCUCUUGGUAGUAAUUUUCCAUAGAUUUACUCAUUGAAUGAUGAAUCACAAAUCUCACAUCUGGCUUAUCAAUUCCCAUACCAAAAGCAACAGUUGCCACUACGACCUAAAACAUUUUAACAUUUUAUACAUUAAAUAAAAUGCUUUUCAAGGUGAGCUAAAAACUAUUGAAGAAAUAUACGUAACCUGAAUUUCACUUGCAGACCAUUUUCUGUGAACCUUGGUUUUAUCUUCUGGCUCCAUGUUGGCAUGGUACGCACCUGCAUGAAUUCCCAGUUUCUGUAAACUAAUCGUGACUUGCUCAGAGUCUUUCUGAGAAAAACAGUAGAUGAUUCCUGUAGUAAAAGGUCAAUUAUUAGGUGCUGAUAGUAUAUUCCUAAAGAUAAUUUGCAACAGGCACUCAAGAUCAAUGCAAUGCACAGGAGGAACAAUUUUUUAAAAAAAUCUAAGGUCUUAAACAUCUGUCAAUUUUGUUAUAAUAAAAGAUUUGAUCACAAGCUCACUUUAUGGAAAUGAGCUGAGUUGGCUCCUAUACCUCUUAUUUCUCUCCAACUUUACCUCCUACUACAUGGUAUUUCUCAAAAUGAGUCCCACAGCUCCCUAAGAUGUUAGUGUGUACAUUGUGCAUGAGUUUGGGAAACACAGCACUGAACAAAGUUAAACAGGGCUGCUCAGCUCCUCUAAUGUACUGAUAAAGCCCUGUGAGUCUUUAACAAGGUCAGUAGCUGUAGCCUUUCUCAAACUUACUUGACCCUGGAACUCCUUUUAACAAGAGUACCUAUUAAGAGCUCCUGAAAAUCUACAGAAAAGUUCUGAAAUGCUACUUGUAUAAAAACUCUUUUCUUUAGUAACACUUGCCUGAUCAUUAAUCCUGGGGGGGGUGUGUGUGUGUGUGACUGCACAUUUAUGUUUAUCCCAUUCAAUAUAUACUUCUUUUA